GCUUUCCUCACUCUUGCUCCCAGGCAUUCAGUACACAACAAACACACGCUCGCUUGUUUGCCGGCAAGAGGGGCACCGAGCCCCUCAGACAAAUUGGGACCAUGCUGCCCUGGAAAAGGAGCAAGUUUGUGCUGGUGGAGGACGAUUCAAAGAGCAAAGCGAAGAGCCUGAGCGCUGGACUCACCUACCACUCAUUGCUGUCCUCGUUGCUAAGGUCUUGCCCUGACCUGGUGCCUGAGUGCCCCUUCCACUGGCUCGCCGGGGUUUUCCACAGCAAGCGCCAGAAAGUGGAGCUAAACAAGGAGGAGCCCAUAUACAGUGUCCGCUAUCUGGGAAGCGUAGUGACUGUUGUGGCCAAGGGUGAGGGCUGCACGCAUGACGCUGUCGCCAAGAUCUGGGCAUCCAGCAACUACGGUGAGCAAAGUGCAAAGAUGAAGCUGAGUGUAGGACCACACGGCAUACGCAUGGGUUGCCGCAGGAAACCCCCGCACCUUUACACCCUUAACCGUAUCACCUACUGCACAACAGACCCCUACCGGCCCAAGAUCUUGGCCUGGAUCUACCGACACCAGGUCAAGCACAAGGCAGUGGUUCUACGCUGCCACGCUGUGCUUUUGGCCAAGGCGGACAAGGCCCAUGCUAUUGCUCUUAGCUUGUACCAGAACUCUAUUUCAGCCUUCAGUGAGUUUAAGAGGCUCAAACGGCAAAGUGAUUUCCGGCACCGCAAGCAGGAGCUGCUCGGAGAGGAUAUCAUGCCACUUAUGCCCAUACGGAAGCUCCUGAAUGGACAGUGUCACUAUCAGCCCCCAGUAGACAGGCCUGGCAAUUCCAAUCGUCUGUUCUCCAUCACUGAGGAGGAUGAGGAAGAGGAGGAGGAGGUGCAAGAGCAGAUAGCCAACAAAGAGGGAAAGGUAUCAAAUACUGAUCCACCAAAGCCUGAGCCAGAGGAACCCCCUGAGAGAGAGCUGAAAUACAUAGUUCAUGAACUAGACGGGUUUUCAAUCACCAUCAGAGACGAUGUGCACAUGACGCUCAGCACACUUGUGUGACCAAAGCUGGAUACUGGACUUCUUUAUACUGUACCUUUUCCCCUGCCUCCUUUAUCCUCUCUGUCCACUUCAGAAGAGCGCUGUAUCCUCAGAGAUAGCCGAUUCCUGCAGAGCCUGACCUGGUCCACCAUCAGCAAGUUUAAUGCUGAGUUGCUGCUGGCUUGCCUCGUGAGCACUUUCUAUAUGGGUGUUUAAUAAAGUGGAACUUUGUGAAUAAACACAAAAGCACAACGAGAGAGAGCGUCAUGCUGCAAAGCAACCCCGGGAGGACAAACACAGAAGGAGCUCAGUUCGUGGGCUAUGAAACAAACAAGGACAAAAGAGACCUUCAACAAGCCUUUGUGUUCUUUUCAUGUGAUUGCAUGAAAAUACGUACUUUUCUCAGAUUUUACUGGAUCAUUUUGGAAAUAUGUUAUUUGUGUAUAAUGUGCUUUUUUCUACGUAACCAUCUCUCUCGCCUAUGUAACUUUCCCUUCUGGCCAAAACCUCAGUGAAAGCAUUCAGCAUCUACACCAAGGCAGCAGCACUAAUGAAUUAAUCCAUGAUUUAGGAUAUCAGCCAUUGACUUGAUGGGUUUACAGCUGCCGUACAUUACAGCUCCAGAAUCAUUUACCGUAUGACCAGUGGAGACGUCGACCAUGGCAUUUAAGGCAGGAUCUUUUAAAUGUUUGCUGUUUUACUGACCCUGGUUUGCACUGUGACAUGUCUGGGACCAAUAUAAGGAAAAAUAAUAUAAGAAUAUAGUCUAUGUUUGUUUCUACAUGACACACAGGUAAAUAAGCUUUACUGCUUUAAGAGGUAAUGCAUUGUUCAAAAUCGUAUGCCAGCUGACACUGACUCAUAUUCGUAGACAUGUUUUUAUCGAAGAGUUGCUUUGUGAUAAUAAUAAUAUUGUACUAGGCAUUUCAUAAGCUGUCAUUCCAAUUGCACUAAAUAACAU